AGCCCGCGCGGCCCCCGCCCUCGGACCCGCCCCCGGGGGUCGCCCGGCCCCAUGCCCUGCAGCGGCGGCGGAGCAACGCUUGGCCGCGGGCGGCUCUGAAGAGCCCGGAGGGAGCCGGCGACGAAGGGACCAUGUACCGGGACCCGGAGGCGGCCAGCCCAGGGGCGCCCACCCGCGAUGUCCUGCUGGUCUCUGCCAUUAUCACCGUCAGCCUUAGCGUCACUGUCGUCCUCUGCGGCCUCUGCCACUGGUGUCAGCGCAAACUGGGCAAACGCUACAAGAACUCCUUGGAGACGGUGGGCACGCCAGACUCAGGGCGUGGGCGCAGUGAGAAGAAGGCCAUCAAUGAUCUAGACAGAGACUUUUGGAAUAACAAUGAGAGCACAGUGCAGCAGAAAUGGAGCUCCUACCCUCCCAAGGAGUUUAUUCUAAACAUUUCACCCUACGCCCCUUAUGGCGACCCACGACUGUCCCUCAAUGGCACCCUCCUGGCGGGCGCCAAAGUGGCCGCCGCGGCGGGGCUAGCGGUGGAGCGGGAAGGCCGGCUGGGGGAGAAGCCGGCGCCGGUGCCGCCACCCGGAGAGGACGCCUUGAGAAGCGGCGGGGCUGCCCCCAGCGAGCCGGGCAGCGGUGGCAAGGCGGGGAGAGGCCGCUGGCGGACGGUGCAGAGCCACCUGGCCGCCGGGAAGCUCAACUUGUCCAAUUUCGAGGACUCCACCCUGUCCACGACCACUACCCUUGAGUCUAUCCCCAGCUCCACGGGAGAGCCGAAAUGCCAGCGACCCCGCACCCUGAUGCGGCAGCAGAGCCUGCAGCAGCCGCUGAGCCAGCACCAGCGGGGCCGGCCGCCCAGCCAGCCCACCACCAGCCAGAGCCUGGGCCAGCUGCAGGCCCACGCGGCCUCGGUGCCGGGCCCCAAUCCCCGGGCCCACGGCCGGGGCCAGGCUCGGCAGGGCUCCUCGGCCGGCUCCAAGUACCGGCCGGCCGGCGGCCGCAGCCGCUCCAACCCGGGCAGCUGGGACCACGUGGUGGGGCAGAUUCGAAACCGAGGCUUGGACAUGAAAUCCUUCCUGUUACCGACAGGAGGGAAGGCGGUGAACACAGCCCCAGUGCCGGGCCAGACGCCUCACGAUGAAUCUGACCGCCGGACCGAGCCUCGUUCCUCCGUCUCAGACCUCGUCAACUCCCUCACCAGUGAGAUGCUCAUGCUCUCCCCAGGCUCCGAGGAGGACGAGGUCCACGAGGGCUGCAGCCGAGAGAACCUGGGCCGGAUCCAGUUCAGCGUCGGCUACAACUUUCAGGAGUCCACGCUCACCGUGAAGAUCAUGAAGGCCCAGGAGCUGCCCGCCAAGGACUUCAGCGGCACCAGCGACCCCUUCGUCAAGAUCUACCUGCUACCAGACAAGAAGCACAAGCUGGAGACCAAGGUGAAGCGGAAGAACCUCAACCCCCACUGGAACGAGACCUUCCUCUUUGAAGGUUUCCCCUACGAGAAGGUGGUGCAGAGGGUCCUCUACCUCCAGGUCCUGGACUACGACCGCUUCAGCCGCAAUGACCCCAUCGGGGAGGUGUCCAUCCCCCUCAACAAGGUGGACCUGACCCAGAUGCAGACCUUCUGGAAGGAUCUGAAGCCAUGCAGCGAUGGGAGUGGGAGCCGAGGGGAGCUGCUCCUGUCUCUCUGCUACAACCCCUCUGCCAACUCCAUCAUCGUAAACAUCAUCAAAGCCCGGAACCUCAAAGCCAUGGACAUCGGGGGCACGUCAGACCCCUACGUGAAGGUGUGGCUGAUGUACAAGGACAAGCGGGUAGAGAAGAAGAAGACGGUGACGAUGAAGAGGAACCUGAACCCCAUCUUCAAUGAGUCCUUUGCCUUCGACAUCCCUACAGAGAAGCUGAGGGAGACGACCAUCAUCAUCACCGUCAUGGACAAGGACAAGCUCAGCCGCAAUGACGUCAUCGGCAAGAUCUACCUGUCCUGGAAGAGUGGGCCCGGGGAGGUGAAGCACUGGAAGGACAUGAUUGCCCGUCCACGGCAGCCUGUGGCCCAGUGGCAUCAGCUGAAGGCCUGAAUGGGGCCAAGGGAGGCCCAGGGGGCCGAGGGCCCAGGUCCCCAUCAUGCCCUCACCACUUUAUGCACAAUGCCCGGCACGGCCCCCCCUGCCAUGGGUGAGGGAAGGAUCCUGAGGGCUCGGCCAGGGAGGGGUCCCAGGAAUCCAUCGGGCCCCAUUUCUAGGGAGAACCAGCCCCUUCCCCCACCGGUCCAGCUCUGGGGGAGGGGCUCUGGGAGCCAUUUUCCUGCUUUGCCCCUUUCCUUCCUGACUUGCUGAUACUAAAGAAGUGGGCGGGGGGGAGCACGAGAGCCAGACGGCCAGACAAGCAGAUCCCUCCAGAGGCCCGCCAGGUGGGCAGAGUCCCCCGUUUUCUUUACGGCAGAGCCUGGAGUGGAGACAGGCUGCCCUCUCCCCAGCCCCCAGUGUGGGCCCAGGAGAAGGGAGGUCGAGGCGUUUGGCCCCGGCCUGACCAAGAGAGGCCUGUUCCAGGGCAGUUUCAGGCGCCAGCUGGGCCCUGAAUGCCGAAGAUAGUAUAUAGCCCGCUCCGGGGUCCUGGAGCCGCUGCCCUGUGUACCAGUGUUGUGUCCAUCGUGUGUGUGUACGUGUGCGUGCGUGCGUGUGUGGGGGUGGGGGUACUCGCUCCCUGUUUCCCUGGGGCCCACAGUGCUGAAGAUGGUGCAGAGAGGGCAGGGUUUCAUGAAGUGCGAUAGGGCUGGAGGCUGAGAAAUCAAUGCACAGAGCCGGGGGCUGGGAGAGGAGAGGCAAGUGAGGGGUGAGUGGGACAGGGAUGGAGGAAGGGUGGGGUGGAGAGGAGGGGCAGACAGAAGCUGGGCUGAGAACUCUCCCCCCCACCUCCCCAGAGCGCUCGCCUAGCCCCUUCCCGGCAAUUUCAUCUCGUGAACGUUAGUUCAAGCCUUGUAGGCACCUACUGUAUGUA